CCUCCCGGCGGAGCAGGAGCAUAGGAUCGCCGGAACCCCGCGCUCCCGACUUCUGCUUCCGGGUCAGAGGCAUGGCGGUGGCAAAUUCAAGCCCUGUCAAUCCCGUGGUAUUCUUUGAUGUCAGCAUUGGCGGCCAGGAGGUUGGUCGUAUGAAGAUUGAGCUCUUUGCAGACGUUGUGCCUAAGACGGCGGAGAAUUUUAGGCAGUUCUGCACAGGAGAAUUCAGAAAAGAUGGGGUUCCGAUAGGAUACAAGGGGAGCACCUUCCACAGGGUCAUAAAAGAUUUCAUGAUUCAGGGUGGAGAUUUUGUUAAUGGAGAUGGUACUGGAGUUGCCAGUAUCUACCGGGGGCCGUUCGCAGAUGAAAAUUUUAAGCUUCGACACUCAGCUCCAGGCCUUCUUUCCAUGGCAAACAGUGGUCCCAGCACAAAUGGCUGCCAGUUUUUCAUCACCUGCUCUAAGUGUGAUUGGCUAGAUGGGAAGCACGUGGUGUUUGGAAAAAUCAUUGAUGGACUUCUGGUGAUGAGAAAGAUUGAGAAUGUUCCCACAGGCCCCAACAAUAAACCCAAGCUGCCUGUGGUGAUCUCACAGUGUGGGGAGAUGUAGUCCAGAGGGAGACUGAAUCAGCACUCUUAGACACUCGCUUCGUUCAGCAGUCCCACUUAGAAAGACCUGGCUGCAGUCCUGGGUGAUUGGGAGCAGCCUGGGCAGCCAGAAGACUCUCUUGUCAAGCUUCUCAGCGGAACUGAUGCUGCAGUCCCAGGCCCUGACUUUGUGUUUGCCAGACUCAGAGGUGAAUAUGACAGAUUUCUCAGCCCACCAAGACUCACUUCCUACCCAGGCUUGCUACUUACCGCCCACUCUGUGCUGGACAUUGGACAUGGAGAGUGGGAGAAAAACUUGAACGAUGCCUCCACCUUUUAGGAGCUUAUGGGGAAUAAAAACACAUUCUCCGAAGUGAUCACUAGUAAUAUGCGUGAUGUUGCUAAGUAUUAGUAUGAGUUCAAGAAAGAAAUUGAGCACUUCCAGCUAGGUAAAGGAUGGCAGCGCUUUGCCUUUCUUUCCUUUUUCUUCUUUAAAUUUUCAAACCUGCAGGAUAGUUGGAAGAACAGCACAUUGAAGCCUAUACACUUUUCCCCUUUUCACCUAAGUUUGCCAAUAUUGGACUUUCUUGUUGUAGCAUUUUGCUGUGGCUUUUGUCUCUCUGUCUUCUCCCCUCGCCUCCCCUUCCCAUUCCCUCUGUUCCUCUCCCACUCCUCUUCUUUCCUUUCUUUCCCUUCAUUUCUUUCCCAUCUGGAAGUUGGAGGACUUCUUGAUACCUUUCCCCUAAAUUCUUCAGCAAGUGACUCCUAAAAAUAAGAACAUCGUGCAUAACCACAAUAAUGUUGUCUGACAUACAAGUUCAAACUUCCCCAGUUAUCCACAAAGUAACUUUUCUAGCUCUUAAAAGAAAUCCAAUCAGGAUUCACAUGUUUCGUUUGGUUAUUUAUUUUUAGUUAGGAAAGCAACAUAAUUCACCUGAAAAUUUUCACAUAGAACAGCUAAAGCACCCCCCUUCUCCUUCUGCAUGCCCCUCCCCGCCCCCGCCCCCCCCCCCCCCCCCCCGCCACUGCUCUCAGAGGUAACUGCUAUAUCAGUCUUGAUGUAUGUCCAUGGGGCCUUUCUUUGCCAAUCUAAUUUGGAGAGGUUUUGUUUUUUCCUAAACGGCAUCAUACUAUUGAGUUGGCCAAAAAGUUUGUUCAGGUAUGUCCAUAAGAUGUUACAGAAAAACCAUACGAACUUUUGGGUCAACCCAAUAUUUGCUCAUUAUUUUAUUUCCAUUUGACAUAUGUCUGGAAGACUUUUCCUAUAUCAUUCAUGUAAAACUAUGUAGUACUUAAAACUGAUAUGCUAUAUAUCUGUAGCAUAUAUCUGAAUAAUUACAAACUUUAUAAUUAUACAAUUUGACUUGAAUUAAGUGUACAUUUCUGCAUCUUAGUUCUUAUUUUUUAUGUUGUGGCCAUUUUGUCCUGAAUAUAUGUUAAAAAAAAUUAGCAGUGGGUUGCUUAUCUUAACUUUGGUGAUAUCCUUUGUUAAAGAGAAGUUCUUAAUUUUGAUGGGAUCAGAAUUUUUAAUCUUUUCCCUUGUGUUGUGUUUUAAUCUUGUUUAAGAAGGUCCUUUCUACCUCAAUUUAAUGCCUAAUAUUUCUGUAGUUUUUCUUACAGAAGUAUCUAGAAUUUAUUUUUCUGGAUUCUGCCAUUUUUUUCAAAUGGAGGUCUAGUCAAAUACCAGAGCAUCUUAACGACUGUGCAUACCUCCAUCUGUGACUUACUUUGUGUUCACAACAUCUGGCAACUUAAAGGCAUUCAGUUAAAAUUUAUUACAUGAGUUAAUAGAGAGGGAGAAUGUCAGGCAUUUUAGGCAUGGAUCUGGUGUGAGCAAAUGCCAGGGUAGGAAUGCACAAGUGUGUGCUGAAAGCUCACGUGGACCCUUGUCCAGCCAAAUGCUCCCUUCUCAGGCCCAGUUGACAGGCUGAACUGUCUUUUCUGACGGUACUGGGGGCCCCAGGCUCAACCUGCUAUCCCCACGCCCUCACUGUGGUUCAUUCUCCCUCCCUGUCUUUUCUGGGCCAAACUAAAGUUGAAUUCAUUGGUCCUUUUCCUUCUAAAGACUGACCACUGAUCACCACUGGAGGACAGAAGAUCAUUAAAAACAGUAAAGUUUAGAAAUCCUUUUAUGUUUGCAGUCUUUUCUCUACAUUUUUCUGAUUCUGAGUCCCUUAAGAAAGUUACUGGAAAUCCAUGUUAGGAGUUUGUCUUCCUGAAGGUGGCAAUCAUCAACCCUCCUCUCCUCACCUGCUAUGAGCGAACGUCAUGUAAACCUUUGCCUCUAUGAAAGCCCUUCUUUUCCGCCUACAAACAACCCCAAGCAGAACAAAUCGCAGGGUGCCCUUUGAUGCUCCAGAGGUCCUCUACAGCCAUACUGUCCAGGGGGCAUUCCUUUCUGUGCCGGUGGAAAUGUUUUGCAUCUGUGCUGUCCAUUGUGGUAGCUUCCAGCUACAUGUGACCGUUGAGCACUGGAAAUGUGGCUGCUGUGACGGAGGGACUCAAUUUUUAUUUUUAUUUAAAUUUAAAGAGCCAUAUGUGAUACUUUCAA